AUGACAAGCUCCAAAGAAAUCCCCCACCUCCCCAUCAAGCUCCACGGCCAAUCCAACUUCACAACCUGGAGAACACUCAUCACGAGCUACCUCCGCCACUACGGAGCCCAAGAUGUCGUAUUUGGGACGAUACCUCGUCCACCCCCAACCCCACCCAACGGUGGAUCCACAGCAGCCAGGGGGCAAUUCACACAAAGAGCCAUUAACAGAGAAGUGUGGGACAGACUCGACACCUUCUCCAUCGUGCUCAUCCAUACGAAUGUAGAACCGCACAUCGUCCCAAUAACUACACGUUAUACUCACGCCCAUGAGAUGUGGGCCGCGCUCUGCAGAACUUUCGAGGGUAGAGACUUUGUCACGCUCCACGCCCUGCUCAAGACUGUGCUUACUUUAACAUAUAACGAUACUGAGCCGCUGGUUGACCAUCUCGGCGAGUUUGAGCGGCUAUGGUCGAUGCUUAUCGAGCGGACGUUGGGGGCGGAUUCAACAUCAAGUUGGGCGGGCUCGGUGCUGGCGUGGGCGCUGAAUAAGUUGGCUAAUAAUGACGAGGCGAAGAAAACGUUCCUGCUGAUGACGCUGCCGCCGAGUUAUGGGGAGUUUGUAAAUGAUAUGCUAGCGAAUGAGAAGAUGGGUUUUAAAGAUGUAUAUCAAUGUCUGGCUGAGGCAUCUGUAUAA